CUCAGCUCGGGGGCGGCCCCCGCGCCCGACGCCGGCUCGCCGGCGGCCGGGCCGGGGAGCGACGAAACCAGAUCGGGCCGCGACCUGACCGGCCCCCAACGCGACGUGACCGCACGCGACGGGCCGCCGCUGCCGCGCGCGCGCUGGGGCCCGGCGCGGCGCCCGCUCGACCUCUCGCUGGCGCGGCACGAGGACCUCGCCACGCGCGCCGAGGCCGAGCUGCGCCGCCUGCUCGUCACCGACAACUACGACUCCGUCAGCAACUUCAUCUCGCUGUACGAGGCGUUCGAGCGCGGCGGCGACCCGCUGUACCAGGUGUACGAGCGAUACGCGCCUCCCAUCCGCCCGCGCAAGCACACCUGCGUGGGACUGGGGCUCGAGCUGGUGCGGCGCUGGCGAGCCCUAGAGCGGGAGUUCGGCGGCAUCACACGCGCCACAGCGCUGCUGUCGUGCGAGGAAGCCGUGGUGAACAUACGCGAGUAUGUCACGUGCGGGGAUGGCCCGGCCGCUGUGCUCGCUGCAGAGAAGGAGCAUGUCAUGGUGGGCAUCCAAAUCCGCGUGGACGGUCGGCCCGGCGUCAUGCUGGCCGACCCAGGCUACCACGUGCCGAGAAUAGUCACUGUCAUGCAAGAUAGGAACUAUCCUCAUACUGGUUGGUUCGUGCAGUCGGACGAGCCGCAGUGUCGCAAGGAGUAUAGCUACACGUUCAGCGUGUUGAACGCGGGCUACAUCGAGUGGCACGAGCGGGAGACGCGCGGGGAGACUGUCAAGAGCCAGACAUCGCUGGUGUACGCCGCGAGACCAUACCUCGAUGGUGUCAACGUCACUGAGAGGAGGAACCUCGUCUACAACUUUAGGAGUCUUCUCUCCCGCGACGCGAAGGGUCACCUGAUAGCCGGCCUGUACUUCCCAGUGGGGGCGACCCUCAAGGAUGCGCAGUUCACGCUCUUCCUCAACAACGGACCUGAUAAGCGGAAAACUAAGUACAAGUUCAGCACCUUCGCUGAUCCACUAAACAUUCCAGAAGAUAUAUCGGAGGAGAUUCAGCUUUGCAAUGCCAAGAUGAACUACAAGCAGGGCGAGCUACUGUCUAUCAUUUGCCAGCUCGCCCAGGUCAUGUCCAACCAGGCCUUCAUCGACCAGAUGUUGGAGAUCAACGAGGACAUCUGCCGCAUGUGUCUCUGACAACAAGAUGGCGUCCACGACAAAAUGGCGGACGCCACUGACGCAGGCAGCAAAGCCGAAACAACAUUAAAAACCCCCUAAUCUUUAUUAUUUAUCCAUUUAAUUCGUAAUUUUGUAUACUUUUCGUUUUUGGAUUUGAUUUAUUAUUUGGGUAAUGGUAUUUUUUUUUAUUUCUCGUAGUUGUUAAGAUUACGUUAAAAUUAAUAACGAUUAAUUUGGAAUUGGGUUUUUGGAUUUUUUAUACAUUUAAUUGCUUAACUUCUUAAUAAACCUUUAUUAUUUGA